GGGCGCUUUAUGCGGAAGUCAGCCUGUUCAGUUCUGUCCUCCUCUGGGUGAGCGCUGCUGGCGACCCUGGGCCGAUCAGUGACCCUCGUUCACGAGCCCGUGUGCCCUCAGAGUGUGCCUGGACAGAGAAUUCCAGAAAGAAGACUCUGGUGACCCAGCCUUGGAGAACAACAUUUAAACAGGAAUGCUGAAGAGAUCUUAAGAGGAAUACAGCUGAAGAGGCAAUUCUGAAGCCAUGGCCAUUCUUUUUGCUGUUGUGGCCCGGGGAACCACUAUCCUGGCCAAACAUGCUUGGUGUGGAGGAAACUUCCUGGAGGUGACAGAGCAGAUUCUGGCUAAGAUACCUUCUGAAAAUAACAAACUAACGUACUCACAUGGCAAUUAUUUGUUUCAUUACAUCUGCCAAGACAGGAUUGUAUAUCUUUGUAUCACUGAUGAUGAUUUUGAACGUUCCAGAGCCUUCAAUUUUCUGAAUGAAGUAAAGAAAAGGUUUCAGACUACUUAUGGCUCAAGAGCACAGACAGCACUUCCAUAUGCCAUGAAUAGUGAGUUCUCAAGUGUUUUGGCUGCACAAUUGAAGCAUCACUCUGAGAAUAAGGGAGUAGACAGAGUGAUGGAGACUCAAGCUCAAGUGGAUGAACUGAAAGGAAUCAUGGUCAGAAACAUAGAUCUGGUUGCUCAGCGGGGGGAAAGAUUGGAAUUAUUGAUAGACAAAACAGAAAAUCUUGUGGAUUCAUCUGUUACCUUCAAAACUACCAGCAGAAAUCUUGCCAGAGCCAUGUGUAUGAAGAAUAUCAAGCUCACUAUCAUCAUCAUCAUCGUAUCAAUUGUCUUCAUCUAUAUCAUUGUGUCACCUCUCUGUGGUGGAUUUACAUGGCCAUACUGUGUGAAGAAGUAAAGAAGUUGUUAACCAAGGAUAAGAAGGAAAAAAUAGCUAAAAGUAAUUCAUGUAACUCAGGCUUUGCAGUACUUACAAAAAGUGUCUGCCAGUUGCUUCAACCCUCUUUUCAUUUUUUAAAAUAAUGUUUGUCCUAACAGUUUAUUCCAGUGCACUUCAGAUCGAACCAUUGAUUACAUCUUUAAAAAGGC